ACAAGUAGUGGCAUGGCCGUGUCACUGAGAGUUCCUUUGGUGCUUUCUAGUUCUCGUCGCUGAGAACAGACUUUCGCUUCUUCCUUUCCAGAGCCCGAUCGGAGUGCACAGCAUGGUCCUUCCUCGUGCUGCGCUGCUGGCGCUCCUGCCAGCUGUCUGUGCACAGCUGCAGCCGUUUGCCAACAACACUGGAGAGAACCUUGACUUCGCGGAGAGCCCGCCAAAAUACCCUUCUCCAUGGUCGGAAGGUCUUGGUGACUGGCGAGAGGCAUACGAGAAGGCAGUGGCAUUUGUCUCGCAGCUGACACUGCUCGAGAAAGUGAACCUCACCACGGGUGUCGGAUGGGAAGGCGAGAAGUGCGUCGGUAACACUGGCGCCAUUCCACGUUUGGGAUUCAGAUCUCUAUGUCUUCAGGACUCUCCUCUCGGCAUUCGAUUCGCAGACUUCGCCAGUGCGUACCCUGCCGGAGUUACUAUUGCAGCGACAUGGAGCCGCGAGCUGUUCUACAAGCGAGGCCACGACAUGGGUUCUGAACACAGAGACAAGGGCAUCGACGUUCAGCUGGGCCCUGCAAUCGGACCUCUUGGGCGUAAUGCCGCAGGCGGUCGAAACUGGGAGGGCUUCAGUCCCGAUCCAUCUCUGACCGGUGUUGCGGUCUACGAGACUGUCAAGGGUAUUCAGGAUGCUGGUGUCAUUGCAUGCACGAAGCACUAUAUUGCGAACGAGCAGGAGCACUUCAGACAAGGUGGUCCAAACCUCACUGAAUCGAUUAGCUCCAACCUGGACGAUGUUACCAUGCACGAGCUGUAUCUGUGGCCUUUCGCCGACGCUGUCCGUGCUGGUACUGGCUCAAUCAUGUGCUCGUACAACCAAGUGAAUAACUCAUACGCCUGCCAAAACAGCUAUUUACAGAAUUAUCUGUUAAAAAGUGAACUGGGUUUCCAGGGAUUUAUCGUAUCGGAUUGGGCUGCUCAGCAUUCGGGUGUCAGCAGUGCACUCGCAGGCUUGGACAUGACUAUGCCCGGCGACGUUGCCUUUGAUUCAACAACAUCCUACUGGGGUCCAAACUUGACUAUUGCUCUUCUUAACGGCACGGUUCCACAAUGGCGUCUGGACGAUGCCGCUGUGCGUAUCGUGGCUGCCUGGUACUACGUCGAUCGUCCUGGUAACCAGGUUGAGAAUGCACCGAGCUUCUCUUCAUGGACCCAGGACACUUUCGGCUUCCAGCACUUCUACGCUCAGCAGAACUACACCCAGUUGAACUACCAUGUGGAUGUUCGCGCAGAGCAUGCAAAGGACAUCCGAGAAUUCGCUGCCAAGGGAACUGUGCUACUUAAGAACAAAGGGGCCCUCCCACUCACCGGCAAGGAGAAGCUCACGGCAAUUUUUGGCAGCGACGCCGCUGAGAAUCAAUAUGGUCCAAACGGCUGUCCUGACAGGGGAUGUGACAACGGGACGCUUGCCAUGGGCUGGGGAUCCGGCACUGCACAGUUUCCAUACCUGAUCACCCCUCUAGAGGCCAUCAAAGCCGAGGUUCGCAGCAACGAUGGUGCUAUCGAAUCUGUCAUCGACGACUAUGCCUACAGCCAGAUCAACGCGCUUGCACGAAGGGUCCCGGACAACGACGGCGUGUGUCUUGUGUUCGCCAACUCGGACGCCGGCGAGGGUUACAUCAUUGUGGACGGUAAUGAGGGAGACAGGAACAACCUUACCCUCUGGCACAACGGCGACGAUCUUAUCAGGAACGUGACCAGCUUCUGCAACAACACUGUCGUUGUGCUGCACACUGUUGGAGAAGUCACUGUCACUCCGUGGUUUGACAACGAAAACAUCACUGCAAUUGUCUGGGCUGGUAUUCCUGGCCAGGAAUCAGGUAAUGCCAUCACUGACGUCCUCUACGGCAAAGUCAACCCAGGCGGCAAGACUCCGUUCAGCUGGGCCAGGCAACGCGAGGACUACGGCACCGACGUCCUUUACGAGCCGAACAAUGGAGAAGAUGCGCCCCAGGACUCGUUCGAGGAAGGCGUCUUCAUCGAUUACCGUGCUCUGGACAAGUACAACCGCACGCCUAUCUACGAGUUCGGAUUCGGACUAUCAUACACGACAUUCUCGUUCUCCGAUUUGCAAGUGCAAGCACACCAAGUCGCGCCAUACACCCCGACAACGCGCAACACCCCACCGGCUCCUACCUUUGGUACCAUCGCCAACAACACAGAGGAAUACGUCCUUCCAGCCAACUUCUCUGGUGUCUACGCUUACAUCUACCCUUACAUCAACUCGACCAACCUGGAAGAGUCCAGCACCGACCCAGAUUAUGGCACCGACUACAGCUGGCCAGAGGGCUCGUACGACUCUUCUGCGCAGCCAUAUGCUCCAGCAGGUGGUGCUCCCGGUGGCAAUCCACAGCUUUACGAUGUUCUCUUCACCGUCACUGCCACUGUCACAAACACCGGUUCCGUAGUCGGCGACGAAGUGCCACAGCUUUACGUGGCACUGGGUGGCCCCAAUGAUCCAAAGGUCCAGCUCCGUGACUUUGACCGCUUGACGAUCGAGGCAGGUGCCAGCGCCACCUUCACCGGCAACAUCACUAGGAGGGACCUGAGCAACUGGGAUACCGCUUCUCAGAACUGGGUCAUUUCCAACUACACUAAGACUGUGUACGUUGGUAACUCCAGUCGCAGACUGCCGCUCAGCGCAGUGUUGGACUUGAGCCAGAGCGGUCCUGGUGGAUAUUAG